CCUCAUUUAUACAAGUAUUGAUGCAUUGUAUCACAAACAUAAAUAGCGAUUAUCAGUUAUCUCAUUAGAACUGAUAAAAAAUUAGUUAAAAUCUUGCCAAUGGUGCCGCAAAAUAAUUAUACAACACAACUCAAUGAGACUGAAGAGACUAUCGAAGAUUAUGUGCCUACGGAAUCAUCUCAAGAUUACGAAAAUGGCAACAACGACCAAGAAAACACGCGUGCUUCUACAUUUUCUUCCUUGAUUUCAGGCGCUAAGUCUGUGGCUUUUGAUGUCUCUUCUUAUUGGGCAAAGAAACUAUGUAGUACAAUUUUAUCUCGAGGUUCGAACUCGCGUUUUGAGCACCUUUUAAAGAAUGCAAAUAAUUAUGAGGAGUGGGCAGAAGCUGCAAAUAAACUAGAUCAGUUAGAAGGCAAGGAUGAAUGGAAAAAUGACAUAAAAUCACCAGAUUACGACCAUGAACUAUUAUACAAACGUUGGUCUCAAUUAAAAAGUGCCCGUAAUACUGGUGAUUUAUCACAAAUGAUAUUUUUAUUAAGGACUUCACUAGCAAGAAAUCUUGGUGACAUGGGUCAACCAAAGUUAUAUGCAUAUACCCAUAUCGGAACUAAGAAAUUGAUCGAAACUUAUAUUAAUGAAGUAGUAAAACAAAUGAAUAUCAUUUGUGAUACAGAGUCUGAAGAGAUAUCUACCAAAGAUAAAUUAGAAUUUUUCACUAAUACAAGACAAUCUUUUGGAAGAACAGCUCUUUUAUUAAGUGGAGGAGCUACAUUCGGUCUUGUUCAUUUUGGAGUAAUUAAAUGUCUUCAUGAGUGUAAACUCUUACCUCGUAUCAUAUCUGGAGCAUCGAGCGGAUCAAUUAUUGCUGCACUUUUGUGCACAAAGACAGAUGAAGAGAUACCAAUGACAUUAAGAGCUUUAGAUUCUGAUGAAUUCAAUUUGGAUGUAUUCGAAAAGUCAGCAGAGCCGGACACUUGGUUGGCAAGGUUACGAAGGGUUCUUAAACAAGGUGUAUUAUUUGACAUAGAAAUUUUAAGAGAAUGCAUGCGUCGUAACAUUCCUGAUAUGACAUUUCAGGAAGCUUAUAACCGCACUCGAAGGAUUUUAAAUAUAACUGUCAGUUCUUCUACAGUUUAUGAAAUGCCACGACUUCUUAAUUAUUUGACAGCUCCAAAUGUGUUAAUUUGGUCAGCCGUUGCAGCAUCAUGUUCCGUUCCGUUAGUUUAUAGCUCGGCUCCAUUGAUGGCAAAAGAUAAAUCCGGAAAAGAAUUUCUUUGGAAUCCUUCUGGACAUCGCUGGAUUGAUGGAUCAGUAGAAAAUGAUUUACCAAUGAACAAACUUUCCGAACUUUUUAACGUAAACCAUUUUAUUGUGUGUCAAGUGAAUCCACAUGUGGUGCCAUUUUUACAAGAAAACCUAAUCCCAUCUCCAGUUAGCCGAUUAGCAAGAUGGCUUUUAUUUUUAGCAAUAUCUGAAUUACAACAUAGAAUGAAUCAGUUGAGCGAACUUGGUGUGGCGCAGAAUCUAAUUUAUAAAGUUCAAUCUAUUAUGUCACAACGUUAUUAUGGAGAUAUUACUAUAGUUCCCAAUAUUUCACACUCCGAUUUCUUAAAGAUUCUUUCCAAUCCCACUCCGGAAACUAUAAGAGAAGCUACAUUAAAGGGUGAAAGGGCCACUUGGCCAAAAAUUUCUAUUAUUAAAAACCAUUGUCAAAUUGAAUUGACAUUAGAUGAAAUUGUUUUUCGACUUCGGGGUCGUGGGCUUGAUUCCCAUAAUUCUGGACCGGAUGAUUCCGAAAAUUCAAGUCAAUCUGAUGAUCAUAUUAAACGAAAUCGUUCGAAGCUACCAAAGAUUCAACCUCUUUUAUCUACAUCUGCAAAAGAGUAAUAUAAUUAUAUUCUGCUGAUUUUCAUUUUACUAUUGAUGUAUACUAUUAUUUAAACGUUUAUGAUGGCAACAUAUUUUUUUGUUUGAUUUAAACUAAAAAUUUAGAGUAGAUUUAGCUUAAGAAUAUUUUUUCACUUUCAUAAAUAUUUUAUUCACGUUUAGAUUGGUGAAAUUGGUGAAACUUUUUAAUAAAUAUUGAAGUACCAUAUAACACGGGCCAUAGUAUCCCACCCAAAAAAAAA